AUGAGAGUUUUUAAUCCAAACUCCGAGGCGUACCUAGCUGAUAAAAACAAGCCCCAUCUGGUGCCGUGGUCGAGAGAUUCGCCGGAUUGUAUAAAAGUACAGGAGCUGCUGGCUCAAGACAUUAUUCGAUUCGUUGCCCCUAAAGCAAACAGAUCAGCGAAAAUGAAAUUCUUCAUCUUGACUUUGGCUGUGGUUGGAUGUGCCGUCGCCGAUUCGGGCUAUAACUAUAAUGCUCCAGCUGCCGCCCCCGCUCCCGUGAGAUCGUACUCGGCCCCCCAUCAGUUCGCCGCCUCUGCCCCGGCUCCUGUUUUCCAGCAGGCUGCCUCUGCUCCUGCUCCAGCUAGGACCUAUGUGCCACCAGCCCCGGCUGCCUCCGCCCCUGUGCAGAGCUUCGCCCCCGCUCCAGUUGCUGCUCCAGCCCCUGCUCCUGUUUUCCAGCCAGCCGCCUCAGCUCCUGCCCCCGUGCGCACCUAUGUGCCCCCUGCUCCCGUCCACCACCAUGCCGCCGCCUCUUCUCCAGCUCCCGUUCAGUCCUUUGCCCCUGCCCCCGCUCCAGUGGCUGCACCUGCUCCAGUUUUCCACGCCGCUGAGUCUGCCCCCGCUCCAGUGAGGACCUAUUCCUUUGCCCCCGCUCCUGCCUUCGAGUCCUCCGGCCCUGUGUUCGAGGCCGCCGCCUCCUCCCACUCGGCAGCCCGUUCCGGUUACGAGUAUAGCCAACCCGCCGCCAGCCAGCAGGGAUACAAGUACAAGACCGUCCGUCGUCGUGUGUUCAAGCACCGCGCUUAA